ACACGUGACAAGGGGAACUCCCUUCUCCUUCUUGAAAACCACAACAGCUGUUACAGGUUUCAACAUUGACCAACAUGUUACCUUCCUCUGUUCUGGUUUUCCUGCUCUUCUUACCUCUCUCAGCCUCUGAAGAGCCAGAGGAGUUAACGGUGAAGCCCGAGCAGGACGUUACUCUCGGGUGUCGGGCUCCCUCCGACGGCGCCGUCACUCUGCUGGAGUGGAAGAGACGCGACCUGAAGGACGACGGCUACGUCUUCUUCUACAGGAACCAGCAGCCGUACGAGAAGUACCAGCACCCGCGUUACCGGGGCCGGGUGGAGCUGAGAGACCCGGAGAUAAGGCACGGAGACGUGUCCGUUGUUCUGAAGAACGUCAGCGUCAACGACACCGGGACGUACGACUGUCGAGUCAUAAUCGCAGGGGGCAACGAGAGCAGGCAGCUCAUCAACCUGACCGUCACCGACUCCGAUCCCACAGCUGGACAAGAGGGCGGAUAUCCUGGACUCGUGGUCGGUCUGUCAGUUUCUGCAGGCCUUCUUGCUAUUCUUCUUUCUGUCUCUUUGUAUUAUAUAAUUUAUAAACGGCGUAACGGUCCCACAAAGGAUCCUGCGUACAAAGCUCCUCCUGCUGAAAGCACCGAGGUGACCUGAGUGUCUGAGUCCUCCUGCUGAAAGAAUCAACAGUUUAGAAAAGACAAAUCUGUUCAAUAAGAGUUAAGCUUGUAGAAAUGAUAAGGCAGCCAUUAACACGCUCAUAUCAGCCGUUUGUGAUUUUCAUAAUAUCCCAUCACAUCUUUUGACUUCUCAAGCUUCA